UGGGUUGGAGAGAGGGAGGGGCCCGGAUUGUAAGGAAGGGUUGGAGGUUACUUCUCGCCGCGACACUGCUUACCGCAGCCACAACCUGACAGCCCGGCACGGAGCACUGCAGCACCUGUGUUACCUACAGCUCCACAUACACACACCUACGCGCACACCUGAGACAGAAGCACCAUGAAGACACUACUGACGCUGAUACCACUGGCGGGGAUGCUGCUCGGCACCACCAGCAACACCUUCGCCUUUCGCUUGGAGAGCUCUUCCAUCCACCAUGUUAUCCCUACGACGCCGUUCCAAGAGCGAAUGGCUGCACAACCGAGGACGGCCAGCAACAGACAGCAGAUGGCAAGUAGGAGUGCACCUGUGGUUUAUCCGAAUUUAUCACUUGGCCAGAUGUUCACCCCACGAAUUGAAGACGGACUCAGGACUUCAAUACAGGAUUCCCCAAACUUCGUCAAACGAACUUCAUCUUCAGGUUCUGUUGGAGGUCAAUCCCCUUCAGUUUUUCAACCAAGCCCAAAGCCAUCCAUUUCUCACCAAAACCACAGAACUCAGAGCUUCGACACACCCAAGCCCACCCAACAAUUCAGCUUUGUUCAUGAUUCCGAGGAUUCAGCCUCCUUUGAGACCCCCAACGCACCAACCACUGGUCAAGGACAUAGACCAUCCACCACAGACAUUAGAAGCAUUCUCUCAGACAGUUUUCAGAACAACGUACAUUCACAACACAGGCCAUCCACUACAACGGUACCCUCAGCCACUGGCCAGAACAACAAACAUUCGCAACAACACAGGCCAUCCAGCACAGUCGUACCCUCAGUAACCGGACAGGCCAGCAAGCCUUCGCAGGAGCUCAGACCACCCAGCACACAGGCAUCCUCAGUCAUCGGCCAGGGCAGCAAACCUUCGCCCGACCCACAAGCCCCCCACAGGAAUCCCAUGUGCUUCGAUGAACUAGACUACGGGACUUGCAGAGCUGCUCUUGCAAGAUAUUACUACGACCAAAAGACCGGCACGUGCAACUGCUUCCUGUUCGGGGGCUGCAGGGAACAUGGCGAGGGUGAGAGCCCCGGCAGCUUCCUCACACUUCAGGAAUGCCAACGCGAGUGCCGCCCCCCGAAGCACGAAGAGGGUCCCACUUGCAAGGAGAUAUUCAGGGAUGACCACUUCGUCUCCUUCCUUAAACCCAUUCCUCCGCCUCCAGCCAAAGGGAUUAACCCUAACUUCAAUGAGGAAGAGUAUUUUAGGGAUUUAAUAGUGGGCCAAGGACCGAUAUAAAUAACCAUACGCAUUUUGGCUACAUAAAGCGGCUCAGUGCAACGCAACAGAGUGGUGAUGCAGCCAUGGAGGGUGUGGGCGAGGAAGUUAAGAGUGGACGGCAGCGCGGAUGUGAAAAUCUUGUUAGGUGCGGGAGUGGAUGUGAGUGCGGAGUGGCGUCCAGUGCAGUCCUCUCUGAUUAUUUGCAGUGCGCUACGUCCAAUAGUCGUCGCGAGUAUGCUUUCCCUCUGAUAAAUAUGCAGCUGUUUCCUCUAUAAAUGGCCGCAUUCUGUGUAUCCCGUGAACAGACUGAAAAAGAGUUCGAUUUUACAUAGAUGGCGAUUCGGAAAUGACUAUACGAAUAAAUACAGUCUUGGGUGGCAUUGGAAGGAAUGUGCCUACUUAUUUCCGUGUUUGUGUAACCCGGUGUGGUGUGGUAACAUGCGUAGUGCAGGGCAAUUUGGGGCAAAUCAAAUCGGUAGUGACAUCAGUUAAUGUGUUGACUUCCGUUUCCAGCGUCUUACACAGGCACCUAGAAAAUGUUGCAAUGAAGAGGUACGAAGAUCAUGCCUUAAUGCUUAGAUAUGAAGUGUAUGCAUGAAUGCCUUGAUGAGCUACACUUAUAAAAUAUAAUUAUACAAAAGAGGCUCAGUAUUAUAUGGACAAGGUGUAUAUUAUAUAAACGUCUUAGACUCAUCCGCAUAUUUGCAUUUCCCUGCCUGGAUGCGUUUUGGGAUUCCAGAACCAAGAGAUUAACCAAAACCCAGUACCACUACUACUACUAUUGAUACUACUACUAUAGUCCGUUUCAUUCCGUCUGUCCUUUCGCGAACGUGGAUGUGGCACCUGCGCAUUGUUAGUUCGUGAUUGCGUGCAGAUCAACUUUAUAUUUUCAGUGAUAUAUUUGAAUGUUUGUGUAUACAGAAAACCCUCAAGUCGUUUUACAUGAGCCAAAAACGUGCCGAUCUUCAUCGAUAAUUAAUCUACCAUAUAAGCACACGAAAGAAUAGUUUGUAUAUCAGAUUGUAUAGUCUCAUCAUACUCGAACGAUUCAUAGCCUUUCAGAUACCUAUAUUUCAUCUCAUUCAGGUACAUAAAGUAGUAUCCGACUCUGCAAGUGUCUAUCCAUAAGGAAUUUUGAUGUGCAGCAUGUAAACAGCAUGCGGUUGCCUAAUAUUCUAAAUAGCCAAGCAUCGCAUUCAACAGUUAUUAUUUACUAUUUCAUGUUAUUUCGAUUAUCAAUCAAUAUUUACAUGCAAUAAAUUAAGAUAUCCUUUAUAUGCACUUGCAAAGCCAGAUGUCUUUUAAAUACCUGAAAUGAGAUAUAAACCAAUGAAUUUGAAAAAACAUAAAUCGUUCGAGCAUGAUGUGACUAUGUUAUUUGAUACAAGCUUGUAUUUUCAUGUGCUUGUAUCGAUAAUCGAUGCAAAUGACUGAGUUGUUUAUUGUAUACAUAAACAUUAAAAUUUAUUAUUGAAACAUAAGCUUGAAUGUCUAUCACAACAUUUGAUUUUCACAUAUUCACGAACUAGAAAGGCGCAGGUGCCACAUCUAUCAAAAUUCCCGCUUUGUUGGUGGACAGAUGAAAUGAAACAGACUACAGUACUACCACUACUACUACUACUACACUACCAUUAUUUGAAAAGGAUGGCGAACACACACACACACACACACACAUUAUUUAUUAUUAUUAUUAUUAUUAUUAUUAUUAUUAUUAUUAUUAUUAUUAUUAUUAUUAUUAUUAUUAUCAUCAUUCUCUACCCAUGUAUUUCAUCCAAAAAUCUAGGUUUAUCAUCAGCUCCAGGGCUGCAAUGUUUCCUUUAAUAAACCAUUUUAUUGUUA